AUGCAAUACUCCAAGACCUUAUCCUUCGCUGCCCUUGUCGCAAUCGCAUCCGCUGCUAACGUUACCGUUACUGACCUGGAAACCACUUUAAUCACCAUCACUUCUUGUUCUGACAACUUGUGUACCAAGACUGCCGUCCCAGCUACCGUUAUCACCACCACUGUUGAAGGUUACGAAACUGUCUACACUACCGUCUGUCCAGAAACUGAAUCCACUUCCCUUGAAGCCGAAGCUUCCACCAGUCUUACUGUUGUUACCACCACUAUUGAAGGUGUUGAAACCAUCUACACCACUGUCUGCCCAGAAACCGAAACCACUGCUGCUCCAGUUGCUGAAACCACCAGUGCUGCUCCAGUUGUUGAAACCACCAGUGCUGCUCCAGUUGUCGAAACCACCAGUGCUGCUCCAGUUGUUGAGACCACCGCUGCCCCAGUUGCUGAAACCACCAGUGCUGCUCCAGUCGUUGAAACCAGUGCCGCUCCAGUUGCUACUGAAUCCGACUCUUACGUUGACGUCACCGUCACCCCAACUGUCACUGAAUCCACUGCCGCCGAAGAAACUGUCUACUCCCAAUCUACUCUUUACUCUACUUACUCUACUAACUCUACAUCCGCUGCCGCCGCUGUUGUCACCGCUGCAAACAAUGCCAACUCUCAAAAGAUGGCUUUCGGUGCCGUUGGUGUCGCUGCUUUAGCUUUAUUAGCUUAA